UUUCCUUCGAGUUCGAGACAGUUUUUAUUUUAUAAUGGUCAUCCAACAGGGUGACAUGCAUAUGUUCUUUCGCAAUUCCCAAAAACAAAUGACCCCUAGUGGGAACCGGCAAAUACAACUCUGUCUGGCCUCUGGACUAAUACCGAAGGGACACAGAAAAAGAGGAAGAGAGGGAGAGAGAAUAGGAACGACGACGUUUUGCUGAAAAGGAGAUGAGGUGGACCGGAGACCGUACGGCCGGAGAAUUAUCAGACGAUGGCGGUGGUGGUGGGCGCACGGUGGUGGUGGGAGUGAAGUUCGACUCUCAGAGCCGGGAAUUGCUGACCUGGGCGCUGGUCAAGGUGGCCCAGCCCGGUGACUGUGUCAUUGCCCUUCACGUCAUCGACUGCGUCUGUGAAGGCACAGCGUCGCUUCUCUCGCUGGUGAAGACAUUUGAUUCUGUGCUCUCUGUAUACGAUGGCUUCUGCAGCUUGAAGCAGGUUGAUCUGAGGCUGAAGGUCUGUAGAGGCUCAAAGGUCCAGAAAAUUCUAGUCCGAGAGGCGAAAUUGUACGGUGAAGCUACGGUGAUUGUGGGAGCUUCCAAAGCCCAUAAAAGAAUCGGGUCGUCGGCCUCGUUCGCCAAGUACUGCGCCAGAAAGUUGUCCAAAUAUUUCGGCGUUUUCGCCGUUAACAAUGGCAAAGUUGUGUUCCAGAGAGCGGCGACUUCUACAAACGCCCAUCAAUUGCGAGGAAGAGUGACUUUGGAAAAACCUGGCUUGGGUUUGACGAAGCAGAAUUGCUUGAGUUGUUCAGCGGAUGUGGGUAAUUGUGAAACCCAAUUUACGGAAGAGUUGCCCGUGGAUGGUGGCGAGGACAAUUCGUUGGCUUUGGUACCAUACCAAUCAUUGGAGGCUGAUACAAAUUCUAGCUCCGUUGUGAUUCAAGAAUCACCAGAGUUGAAAUCUGGGUGGUCAAUUCUUCGCUGGGCGUUUCUAGCCAAACGGCCAUAUGUGGAGAAAUCAUUGAAAAGGACAUCUGUGUUUCAGUGGGUAUUGAGAUUACCAAACUGGCAGUCAUCGGCUGUGGUCUAUCCUGAUCAGAAGAAGAGUAAUUGUGAUCAGGAAGAUGAUAAUUGUUCCUCUCUUGAUGAAGACAGCAGUGCAAUUGUGCCAUUUGGAUCUGCUACUGUGUGUCCUCUUUCCCCUUGCAGCGGCUUGGGUAACCUCCUUCCUAAAGAGUUGUUGGGUUUACGUGAGAAAUACUCCUCCAGCUGUAUGUAUUUUAGCUACCAGGAACUCUUGUUGGCAACCUCUAAUUUCAUGCCCGAAAAUAUGGUUGGUAAGGGUGGUAGUAGUCAUGUUUACAAAGGGUGUCUUCCAGAUGGCAAGGAAUUGGCGGUCAAAAUUUUGAAGCCAUCUCAAGAUGUUCUAAAAGAGUUCGUUCAGGAAAUUGAGAUCAUUACAACUUUACAUCACAAGAACAUAAUCUCUCUAGUUGGGUUCUGUUUUGAGGACAACAAUUUGAUAUUGGUCUACGAUUUUCUUUCAAGAGGAAGCCUAGAAGAGAAUCUUCAUGGUAAUAAGAAGGAUGGGAAAGGAUUUGGUUGGCAGGAGAGAUAUAAUGUAGCUAUGGGUGUAGCUGAGGCAUUGGACUUUUUACACAACAGCUGUGCAGAACCUGUGAUCCACAGGGAUGUAAAAUCUUCGAACAUCCUCCUUUCUGGUGAUUUUGAGCCACAGCUCUCAGAUUUUGGACUUGCUAGCUGGGCAUCGACUUCAUCCAAUACGACCUGCACCGAUGUUGCCGGAACCUUUGGUUACUUGGCUCCAGAAUACUUCAUGCAUGGCAAAGUGAGUGACAAAAUUGAUGUCUAUGCAUUUGGUGUGGUACUUCUUGAGCUUCUUUCAGGUAGGAAGCCAAUUAUCAGUGAAUGUCCAAAGGGCCAGGAGAGCCUAGUAAUGUGGGCAAAGCCAAUUUUGAACGGUGGAAAGGUUUUCCAGUUGCUAGAUCCAAGCUUGGGCAGCAACUAUGACGAUGAUCAGAUUGAGAGGAUGGUUUUGGCUGCCACCCUUUGCAUUAGACGUGAACCUAGAUUACGGCCUCAAAUCAGCCUUAUUUUGAAGGUUCUCCAAGGAGAUGAGGAAGUGACAAGGUGGGCAAAGCAACUAGUCCGUACAUCAGAAGAAGUUGAUGCCUUGGAUGGGGAAGCAUUUUAUACUAACAUCAAAUCCCAUCUUAAUGUGGCAUUGCUGGAAUUGGAGGAUGAUUCGGUUUGUAUCAGUAGCAGUGAGAAAAGUGUGUUGUUGGAGGACUAUCUCUUCAAGCUUUGACUAAGUUUUGUCUGCAAGAAGACAUUGUUUGUUUUGUAUAUAUAUGCCUUUGCUUUGUGUUUUGUAUUUUCACUCACUCAGACUACUUGGCCGGGUCUUGGAAGAGAGGUUGUUUGCAAUUGGUUUUUGCCGCCCCCCCCCCCCCAGAGUCGAGACCUUUGGUCUGUUUGGCCUUUAAGCAAAUUGAUAGAGAGCAAGCAAGCAAGCGUACCCGUUAUUCUGUUGACAUGACUAUGAAUGGUUAUGGUAAGAUGGUGAAGAUUAGGAUAGCUUCUCCCAUGGAUUGUAUAAUUUUCUGUCAGCAUCGUUUUGAGCCUAAUUGGUUUGUUUCUUUUUUGAAUUGAACACACCGCCUUAUUUAAAACCUAUUUCUUUUCUAUCA